AUGCUGUUGGCGAGCGCGUUCGCCGCGUCGACAACGCUCGGAGGCGCUCAAAACGCGCUCGCAGCGGUGGAUGUCGGCUCAAAGGCGCCGGAGUUUACGCUGCCGGGCACUGCUGGCGACUCUGUGACGCUUUCGGACGCAUUGAAGGCUAACGACUACGUCGUCCUAUACUUUUACAACCAAGAUGGCUCGCCUGGUUGUAGCAUCGAAGCGCAGCGCUUUGAAAGCGCGAUCCCGCAAUUCACCGCCAAGAAGGCGCGCGUACUGGGUGUCUCCAUGGACUCUCUCGAGAAGCACGAAGAGUUUUGCGAUUCCAAGGGGCUCAAAUCGUUCACCCUGUUGAGCGAUAACGACGGCCGAGUCAGCGAGGCGUACGGAGCGGAUUUGAAGAUUCCCAUUUUCGGUCGAUUCAGCGAUCGCCAAACGUUCUUGAUCAAGAAUGACGGCACGAUCGUCAACCACUGGCUCGAGCGCGAUUCGUCGAUGGCGUCGGUGAAGACGACUGCACACGUCGACCAAAUUCUCGCCGCCAUCGAAGCCGCGUAA